AUGAGCUUGCCUCAUCAGAUUGGAGCGAUUUCUGGGACGUCCGUAGCAGCGGAGGUGGGUGGUGUUUCUGUUGAAGCACCGGCGUCGGCUACCGUCAGCGCGGUGUGGAGAACACCUGGUCCUAAUUUACGGGUAUCGGUGCAAAAAACCGGGUCGGAGAUUGACCGUGUGUCGCCAUCUCCGCCAUUGAGUCCCAUUCGUGGCGGCAUGAGGGCGGACCUCACGGUGGCGGCGCAAGCCUUGAUGGAUUCUCCGAUUACGACGGAGAAAUGUACAGAUGAGAGAGAGUAUACUGUGGGCGGAGGCGCGUUGGAAAAAGUGGGUAAAAAGGGGGUUCCGGUGUAUGUGAUGAUGCCGUUGGAUAGUGUAACGUGGAAUCAUACGGUGAAUAGGAAAAAAGCGAUGAAUGCGAGUUUGCAGGCGUUGAAGAGUGCCGGUGUGGAGGGGAUAAUGAUGGACGUGUGGUGGGGGUUGGUGGAGAGGGAGGCGCCCGGUGAGUACAAUUGGGGCGGAUAUACCGAGCUCCUGGAGAUGGCAAAGAAACAUGGCCUGAAAGUGCAGGCAGUGAUGUCGUUCCACCAGUGCGGCGGCAACGUCGGCGACUCUUGCACAAUUCCUCUGCCAAAAUGGGUAGUGGACGAGAUUGACAAGGAUCCUGAGCUUGCGUAUACAGACCAGUGGGGUAGGAGGAAUUAUGAAUAUAUCUCACUUGGUUGUGAUACCCUCCCGGUGCUGAAGGGAAGGACACCUGUCCAGUGUUAUUCUGACUUCAUGCGAUCUUUCAAAGACAAAUUUGAGCACCUCCUUGGUGAUACUAUUGUGGAAAUUCAAGUUGGGAUGGGUCCAGCCGGAGAGCUUCGUUAUCCCUCGUACCCUGAACAAAACGGAACUUGGAAAUUUCCUGGAAUAGGAGCAUUUCAGUGCUAUGACAAGUACAUGCUCAGUAGCUUAAAAGCUGCAGCGGAAGCAUAUGGUAAGCCUGAAUGGGGUUACACUGGCCCGACAGAUGCUGGCCAUUAUAACAACUGGCCUGAGGAUACGAACUUUUUCCGGAAAGAGGGUGGUGGUUGGGAUGGUGAAUAUGGGGAGUUUUUCCUCUCUUGGUACUCUCAGAUGCUUUUGGACCAUGGUGAGAGGAUACUGCAAUCGGUCAAGAGUAUAUUCGAGAAUGAGGGUGUCAAGAUAUCUGUUAAGAUUGCUGGAAUCCACUGGCAUUAUGGAACCCGGUCACAUGCCCCAGAACUCACUGCCGGGUAUUACAACACCCGUUUCCGAGAUGGGUAUCUUCCUAUUGCCCAGAUGUUGGCACGACAUGGUGCUAUAUUCAACUUCACUUGUAUUGAGAUGAGAGACCACGAGCAACCACAGGAUGCUUUAUGUGCCCCAGAAAAACUAGUGAAGCAAGUAGCUUUAGCCACUCGCGAAGCUAAGGUUCCACUUGCUGGGGAGAAUGCACUGCCCCGAUAUGAUGACUAUGCGCACGAACAGAUCAUGCAAGCCGCAGCAUUGAAUGUUGAUGGCGAUGCAGAUGAUAGGGAGAUGUGUGCAUUUACAUAUUUGAGGAUGAACCCAGAUUUGUUCCAACCUGAUAACUGGAGGCGGUUUGUUGCAUUUGUAAAGAAGAUGAGGGAAGGGAAGGACGUGCACCGGUGUUGGGAGCAGGUGGAGCGCGAAGCUGAGCAUUUUGUGCACGUGACUCAGCCAUUUGUGCAAGAAGCUGCGGUUGCACUGAUGCACUAG